AAGCGAGCCGUACAGUUUUUUUUUAUAUUGUUCCAUCUUUUCCCCCAUUUCGCGCUGCAUUUGGUGUUCGGUCCGCGAAGAAAAACGCACGGCAAACGGUAGCAGCGAGCCCGAGAGCUGUGCCACACUACCGUGGGAACGGCAGCAUCACAGGAUUCACCGUGCCAGAGGCCAAAGGAAGUGCAUUCGCUUGUUCCUGCAGAGGGAAGCCAACAAGCCCCAGCGAGCACUCGAGCGAAAGCUGGGAAGAAGGGAGGGAGAAUAGACAACAACAAAAAAAAUCCCGUGACCGUGAACGGCCGUGAUCCGUCGGCCGCUGGUUAUCGCGGAAAAUCUUCGUGCCGCCCUGCCCGUGAUCGCCUGGUGAACAGGUUGCGUUAUUUCCAUUUUCCUCUCGGUGUGUGCGUGUGUGUUGGUGAAUUGCCGUUUUUUGCAACAUCUCGCUAAAGCUGAAACGAGUGCUACUGGGGUCGACGGGAGAUUGCACACAUUGCAAUCGCAGCAACCUGUUUUUCCACCCCACUUUCGGCUUGGGCUGGGGCCCGGGGGGGAAAGAAAUACGCGCAAACCCGCCCGUGAUAGUGAAAAUGAUAGUGCACGCAACGACGACGAUGAUGCUUCUGGCGUUUUCCGCCGCUACUGGUUGCCGUAAUACCGUCGUCGUCCCGGCCGCGCACCGCCGCCGUUACCGAUGAGCGGGGAAAAGGCGCUUGAAGGAAAGCUCGAGGCUGAACGAUAGCAUCCUCGGCCGGACGGGGGAGGCAGGUGAUCGGCUGGUGUGUUGCAUCGACGCGGUUUUCGUCGCCCAUCGUAGCAAACGCUGCUGGGUGGUGGUGCACUGUGUAAGUGUGCGAGUGCAUUGUGUGUGUGUGUGUGAUUAUUCGUCUCAUCCGUGUCAUUUGAAGCGCGCGAGCAAGCGGAAAAGCCGAAAAGUGGAAAAUAUCAUCAUCUUCAUUAUCGGCCAAAAGAGAAAGAAAGAGAGGGUGCGAGGUGACAGCAGCAUAAAGCAAUAAAUGUGGCCGUUUAGUGGGUGUGUUUGUUUGGUGAAGCUCGAAGUGCAGUGAAAAUACGCUAACUAGAGAAAACCUCCCUCCGCCGUCAACGGGGAAAAAACGGCGAAGAAAAGGAAGCAAACGCAGCGGAAAGCAUAAUUUUGGGGGAAAAUCAUACCACCACCACCGCCGCCGCCGCCGCAUACAUACAUACACGCACACACAGACACACACACGCGAGCGCAUAGCAGCAUUUUCGCGGUCGGUUUCGGGUUUGCGGCACUAUGCAGUGCCUAACGGAGCGUCCGGAUUUCCACCGAGGGCUGCAAUACCAACACCACCAACAGUAUCCGUUUGCUGUUGCAACAAUUGAAGCGUUGUCGUUGCCGUCUUCGUCGUCGUGUUUUGUAAAACUGAAACAGCCAUCGUAGAGAAGCGCGUUGCGCAUCAUCGAAAUCAUCACAACAUCCCCGUGAAGCGCGAAGAACACAUUUCCUAGCGAAACUCGACGAAACGCCAACUAAACGAACAGAAGAAGAACAAACGCAGGAGCGGACGUGUGCUUAGAGAGGGCAACUGUAGAAACGGGGCAUCAACUCGGCAGGAACCAUGAGAACGAAACCAUUCCUGCUGAUACUGACGUGCGUGCUUAUGACCACCUUUCUACUGAUCCUGUUUGGUUCCGCCGGUCAGCAGAAUGAUUCGCUCAAGAACAUUGUCUCCCAGACGCAUCAGCAGUUUCGCAACUUUAAGAAAAAUCUCCGUGAAUCCAAUGGCGAGCCGCGGCCCGAGGUCGACCCGAAGUAUCUCGCCCAGCUCGGCUUCACCCAACCGCUGUACAAUGCGAGCGCGAGGGCCAACUUCACCAUCGUCACGUACGCCCUGCCGGGGGACAUUGCGUCCGCCCUACUGUACGUCCAGCACGUGGCUAUGAAGCUGCCCGCCCAGCCGCUGCUGGUGUACGAUCUCGGGCUGGCCGAGGCGGACCUGCACACCCUGCAGGGUUCGUGCAACAGUACCGCGGCCACGCACUGCACUGUGAUAACGUACGAUAUGAGCCGGCUGCCGGCGCACGUGGCCGACCGGAGCAUGCACGCGUUUCGGCCGAUCAUCAUCCACGAUGCGCUGGCCCGGUCGAAGCUGAUCCUGUUCACCGAGAACAGUGUGCGGCUGCGGGGUAGCAGCAAUGUGGUGCGCGACCUGGAGGAUGUGCGAUUGCGGGCGGAAAACAGUACCUCCGGGGUGCUGGGGUGUGCGACGAAGCAGCCAGUAACGAGCCGGACGCAUCCGAAGAUGUUCGAGUACUUCGAGAUUGCGGUGGACAACUUUUACUUCCUGCCGAUGACGUCGCUCGAGUUUGUGUUCUUCCGCAACAGUGCGACGGUGAACGAGAAGGUGCUACUGCCCUGGGUGCGCUGCGCGUUGACGCUGGAGUGCUUGCAUCCGAUUGGAGCACAAACCGGUGGCUGCAAGUACAACAAGAAGCCGCUGUACCGGUACUCCGGCUGCCACGAGUACGACACGUGCGCGUUCAACAUCAUCCUCGGCAUGACGUUCGGGUACGACGAGAGCAACUACUCCAACCUGGACCUCGCCAACCUGUACUAUCUGGAAACGCUCGAGCAGGCGACCAAGAUACUGGAAAAUCGGCGCAAAAACAUCAGCGACACCUCGGAGCAUCCGUUCACGGAGGAGUAAGCGUGUUGGAGGCCGCGCUGCCCGUCACUGCCCCUCUGUCUGUUGUGUGGGUACGUCGUACUGAGGUAGAUUUUAGUUCAUCAUACUCUCCACCACCGUCAAAGCAAAACGACCAUAUAGCGUGUGAAAUAGCGCAGGAACGCAUUUUUUUUUUCUCGAAUUUGAUUUUCAGCAUUUUCAGAGUGUGCCACCAUCCCGUGACGUUGGUAUCUCAUCAAAGUGUAUGAAACUUUGAACAGAUAUCGGCGGAAGGGUGACGACACACAAAUGCCAUACCCACACACAUACACACACUCGCUCAGAAAGCAAUUUCCAAUAUUCAAUUACGAGCUGCUGCUGAACUGAAGAACACGUUGGACCUUUUUUCGAUGAACAUUUAAUAAGAAAUUUCCCAAGGAAAUAGGUACGUGAUGGUGCGUGAUUGCAUGCUUGCUCGAAAGCAAUCGGCCCACACAGACACACAAGAAAAUGGAAAAGAAAUAACAAAAAGUAUUAAUUUUGGGAGCAAAAAUGAUAACAUCACGUCACGAAACCGUGCCCGCAGCAACAUAUAAAAAACAAAAAGCAUUAAAAAUA